ACCAAACAGUCUCUCCGACAUGAAGUCGCUGGCGUUGAUCGCUCUCCUCGUCGGGGCAGUUGUCGCUACACCCCUUGGAUACGGCAACGGCUAUGGCUCAGGCCUCUACGGCGGUGGGGGCGGCGGAUAUGGUGGAUAUGGUGGAUAUGGCGGAUUAGGCGGGUAUGGUGGAUAUGGCGGAUUAGGCGGGUAUGGUGGAUAUGGCGGAUUAGGCGGGUAUGGUGGAUAUGGCGGAUUAGGCGGGUAUGGUGGAUAUGGCGGAUUAGGCGGAUAUGGCGGAUUAGGCGGAUAUGGUGGAUAUGGCGGAUUAGGCGGGUAUGGCGGAUUAGGCGGAUAUGGCGGAUUAGGCGGGUAUGGCGGAUAUGGCGGAUUAGGUGGAUAUGGCGGAUUAGGCGGAUAUGGUGGAUAUGGCGGAUACGGCCACGGACACGGCCACGGACAUGGCUGGUGGCCUCAUCACAAGAAAUGGCGCCCAAGGAAGUGGUACUGAUAGACAUCAGAUCACAGCAUUUCUUUGACCGUGCGAAUUCGCAAUGGACAUCGACGACACCAUAUCAAGGACUUUGACAUUGUCUUUUUUCUGUAUUUUCUUGAUAAACAACUAAAAUAAACAGCAGCAUGAA